AUGCUGAAACCCACCGUCACUAUCACCAGUGUGGAGGACGGACGCCACCACAUGAAGCUCGAGAGCACCUUCGAGAACAUUAAGUUCACCGAGUUCCAAUUGGGCAAGGUACGUGACGAGGUGACUGCACACCGUCGGAAGGUGAAGUCCACCACCAUAAUGAACACGAGCACAAUGAAGCAUGUGCAGAUUGAAGAAAAGACAAUUCACUUCGAAGGGGUCAUCUAG